AGAUACUUCGCAUAUAAUGACUCAUGCAGGUAUUGGAAAAACAAAUUUUACAAACCUCGCGACACGUAAUUUUGAUCAUCAGAUCGGAACGGCGGAUGACCCGGAUAAACAAAAUCAAAACAUGACAGGUGCUGGAGGGGCCAAGGCUCCCCCUACCAUCCAGACACACUUGGGAGUCCCUAAUACCGAACCACCUCCCCUUGAAUCUCCAAAGUAUUUCAUUAGCAGUAUUGAACCAGGAAUAUAUGUGGUAAAUACUCCACAAAAUGAAAAGAAUAGAUCCCAGCAAUCUAUUGCUAGCACAGACUUUUCCCAUACGGAUGAUUCGGUGAAAACAUCUAGAUCCAAUAAUAUUGACAGAUCACAGAUAUUUGGUGUAGAUGAAAAUGCCAUUAGAGGAAACUGGACCGGAAGACUGGACUUUAUCCUGUCCAUGUUGGGGUAUGCUGUUGGCCUUGGAAACCUUUGGCGGUUCCCAUACCUCUGUUACAGAAAUGGGGGCGGUGCGUUUUUGGUGCCAUAUUUGAUUUUCAUGACAGUCGUUGGGAUACCACUAUUUUUCAUGGAAACUAGUCUUGCACAGUUCUCAAGUUGUGGACCAACGUCCUGUUGGGGAUUUUCUCCGUUGUUUUCUGGUAUUGGUAUAGCCAUGUGCUUGUGUUCAGGGUUGACGUCACUAUACUAUAACAUGAUUAUCGCAUGGUGUAUGUUUUACUUUUUUAUAUCAUUUCAACAUCCCCUUCCGUGGGCAGAUUGUGAUAAUGACUGGAACACAGGCGACUGUCGGCUAAAGCUGCCAGCAGUUGAUUGCGAGAACAACGUGAAAUAUUUAAAUGGUACAUGUUAUGACAGCAAAGGAGAGUUUCAAGGUCUGUGGGAUACGACAAUGUUUACUGAGACUACCGGUAGAAAACGUGUCUCGCCAUCUGAGGAAUACUACAAUAAUUUUAUUCUUGGAAUAAGUUCCGGUAUCGAUGAGGUGGGUUCACCUCGCUGGCAAAAUGUUCUCGUUUUGCUCCUUGCCUGGACGAUCUGUUUCUUCUGUCUGAUCAGAGGGAUCAAAUCUACCGGCAAGGUUGUGUAUUUUACCGCUGUAUUCCCUUACAUAUUACUGCUAAUUCUGUUCUUCCGUGGAGUGACGUUAGAAAAUGCUGGUGAGGGAAUCAAAUUCUACAUCUUGCCAGACUUCAAGAAACUUGCCAGUGCUAAGGUAUGGCGGGAUGCUGCUGUGCAGAUAUUUUAUUCUAUGGGACCAGGUUGGGGAGGUCUCAUAGCUUUGUCUAGCUAUAACAGAUUCCAUAACAAUAUUGUCAGAGAUUCUUUGAUAGUAUCACUUGGUAACUGCAUGACAAGUAUUUUCGGAGGAUUUGUAAUAUUCUCCUACAUUGGUUUCAUGGCGGGACAGCUGGAUGUCAAAGUUAGUGAGGUCGCAACAAGCGGUGCUGGACUUGUGUUUGUGAUAUAUCCAGAAGCGCUCAAUAAUUUACCAGGUUCAACAUUCUGGGCUAUUAUAUUUUUCUUUAUGCUCAUCACAUUAGGUCUAGAUAGCCAGUUUGCUACAGUUGAAACUGUUCUGACUGGCAUUUGUGAUUCGUUUCCGGAUAUACGUAAAUACAAGUCUCCAGUCAUUGGCGUUAUAUGUGUUGUCUCAUUUCUAUUGGGACUUCCUAUGUGCACACCGGGUGGAGUGUAUAUACUACAGAUUUUAGACUACUAUGUUGCAGCAUGGUCGCUUCUACUCAUUGGUCUGACAGAAGUUAUUGCUAUCACUUAUGUUUACGGUUGGCGACGUUUCUGCUCGGAUAUUGAGUUGAUGACGGGCAUGCAGCCUGCUUUAUUCUGGAAAGUCACGUGGAUGGUGACUUGUCCAAUAGGAAUAACGUUCAUACUGAUAUUUGCGUGGAUAGACUAUACUUCCGUAACGUACGGCGAUUAUGUAUACCCGGGCUGGGUUGAUGCAAUUGGCUGGAUCCUUGCACUGUCUUCCGUUUUAUUUAUACCUGGUGCAAUGAUCUAUAAACUAUGUAAGGAAGACGAUGGAGAUACUAUCAUAGAAAAAGUAAAAUUAUUGUUAGCACCGUCACGAUCGUGGGGACCUGCUUUAGUGAAACACCGAGAAUUGGUGGACUAUGUGAAUGGGUUCGUUGUCGAUCCUUUCACUGAGAAGGCCUAUCUGAACAGAGGCUACUCUGGAUCUUCCAUCAACACAAGCGUUGCAAGUUUAACAAGGUCAAGAAGUAAAGGUUCUAUGUCAGCUGUUAGUGUGAGAUCGCAUUCAACAAACAAAUCCAGCACCUCCAUGGCCUCUAGAAUGACAUACGAAUCAACUAUAUGAGCAUGCAAUUUCGUAGACAUUAGUCCACUGCAUUCAGAACAGAGGUGGAAAUGAUAUACUUCUUAAGAGGAGAUGUGGCGAUUUCCUAUAUGAAACAAAACUGUGCCAUAUUUGUAUCAUUUACCCAGCUAAUCAAGUUAUUGAGCUAUAUAUCUGGUAUCGGGAAGGCGUGUUACGAAACAAGGCUGCUGGGUAUAACACGUAUUAAGUGAAAAUAAAGUAUGGGACUCUUCAGAAAGACUAAUAGUAAACGAUUGAUAAGUGAUGAUGCUUCCAUAAUAAUUAUAACAGAUCUACAAUUCUUGCUACUAGUAUUAAAGACGACUAUCGUGGCAUUUUACAUAAUUCGAUCAUAUCUCAACCACAUAAAUUAUUUUCUUAUUCACAUAAUUUUUAAUUUGUCCCUUGAGAUUAUUCUGUUUAUUCUAAUAUUUUAUACUUUUACAGAUUUUUAAUAAAACAGUUCAUGCAUU